AUGAAGGUCGCCAAGAGUUUGGUCCUCGCCGCAGUACUCUGUGCUGCGCAGGUCAAUGCCAUCGACUUCUCCGAGACAAGUCUCACCAGCGGCAGCACCGGCACCGUCUCGGGCGCCGAUCAGACGCAACAACAGUCAUUGCCUGAAUCGUUGGGCGGUGGUUCGCCCGCUACGGUAACCUCGGGCAGCUCUAUGGAGGCCUCGGCUGGUUCGGCCCCUACGUUCUCGGCUGCUUCUUCGACUGAGGCUUCUGCCGGUUCGGCUCCCACGACCGAGUCGUCGGCUGCGACGUCCACGGGCGAGGGUAGUGCUGCCGGUACGGACUCGGCCUCGUGCAGUCAGGAGUUCUCCACUGCCGGCAGCGAAGACGCCGACACUCCUACCACUGAAAGCAGCGACGUCGGUGGCGCCACUGACACGGCUUCGUGUAGCCAAGAGUUCUCUGUGGCCGGCAGUUCUGACACAGCUGACGACUCGUGCAGCCAAGAAUUCUCUGUCGCGGGAAGUUCCGAUACCGCCGACGACUCGUGCAGCCAGGAGUUCUCUGUUGCUGGCAGCGAAGACUGCUCCGAAGGAUACGAUAUUGCUGGCUCGGAUGACUGCAGCGAGGGUUACGACAUCGCCGGGUCCGAGGAGACAACUGAGGGUAGCAGUACCGGCACUGGUACCGACACUUCGACUGAGACAGGAACUGGCACGGACGCAUCUACUGAUACGGGCACAGGAACGGACACGUCUACCGAGACUGGCACAGGAACGGACACGUCCACCGAGACUGGCACAGGCACUGACACAUCAACUGAGACCGGAACUGGCACAGAAACCUCGACUGAGACUGGCACGGGAACUGAAACUUCUGGUGGUGACACUGAGACCGGCACGGGUACUGAAACCACGGGUGGUGACACUGGCACAGACACUACGACGAAAACUGGUACGGGUACAGAUACUCCAACGCAGACCGACACGACAGAGACUGGCGCAGGUACCGAUACGUCGACUGAGACUCGUACAGAGACCGGCACCGGUACUGACACGUCCACGGAGACCGACACCGGUACUGACACCUCCACAAAUACUGGUACUGACACAUCCACGGAGACCGGCACGGGAACUGACACGUCCACGGAGACCGGCACGGGUACUGACACCUCCACGGAGACUGGUACCGGAACUGACACGUCCACGGAGACCGGCACGGGUACUGACACCUCCACGGAGACUGGUACCGGAACUGACACCUCCACAAAGACUGGUACUGACACAUCCACGGAGACCGGCACCGGUACUGACACCUCCACGGAGACUGGUACUGGAACUGACACGUCCACGGAGACUGGAACUGGAACUGACACGUCCACGGAGACUGGUACCGGUACUGACACAUCAACGGAGACUGGAACGGGUACCGACACGUCGGCUGGCUCUGACUGCUCUGAGGGCUACGACAUCGCCGGCAGCGAAGACUGCAGCCAGGAAUAUGACAUUGCUGGUUCGGACUGCUCUCAGGAGCUUGACGUUGCCGGCUCUGAGUCAUGCAGCCAGGAGUUCUCUGUGGCCGGCAGCUCCGACACUGCCGACGACUCCUGCAGCCAGGAGUUCUCAAUUGCUGGCAGCAGCGACACGGCUGAGUCUACCUCGUGCAGCCAGGAGUUCUCUACCGCUGGAAGUGAGGACGUCGACACCUCGGCCGCUACGUCUACGGAGGCUUCCGGUGCUACCCCUACUGAACCAUCCACAGAAGCUUCUGCCGCUACGUCUACGGAGGCGUCUGGUGCCACACCUACCGAACCGUCCACGGAAGCUUCGGCCGGCACCUCUACCGAGACUUCAGCCGCUGGUGGCUCGGAGGCUACCUACACUGGAACCUCAACGGACUCGUCCUCUCCGGCCGAGUCUUCGGGCUCUGAGUCGCCGCUGACCUUUUCCCCAUCCGCUGCCGGCGGCUCGUUCAGCGGCAGCACCACUGCCGACCAGAGCCCGGUGCAGCAACAGACGGCAUUCAGCGUGGAGGCCGUCAAGUUCAAGGCAGGCAACGACGAGGAGGACCCAUCUUCCAGCUUUACCAUUCCGAUCGCUGCCGCUGCUGCCGUGUGUGCCGCUCUGGCUGUUGCCGGCACGGUUUACAUGAAGCGACGGAGCACCAAGUCCAAGAAGGCGGCGGGCGACAUCUUCACCGUCGACCAGAACUCGGCACUGUAA